GUGUGCGAAUCUCUUGGCCGCCGUGUUGCCGCUGCUUGUCCCGUUCAUCGCUGGUGCCAGAGAGUCGGCGCCUCCACUGGCAAGGUUGCCGCUGGCGCAGCCCUUGGCGGCUGCCAUGGUUUUUCAUUUUCCGCGCCUGAGCAUGCGCCUCAUCCAGGCCAUCACUUCAGCGCUAGGCCGUUGGUCUUCAGCACGGCGCACCGAGGGCGACGCUCUCAGCGACGACUGCUGUCAGCUCCUGCUGGAGGCCAUUCUGGAGGAUCAUGGCCGCCCCAUAGACGCAGGCGCCGGCGAUGACUCCAGACCUACAGCGGUUCGGCACGACUGGAUCCCCCCACGGCGCUGCCCGGCGAUCGGGGACGCCGAGCGGGGGCGAUCGGUGGCAGGCGAGCUCCUGGUGCCCAGAUUACAAGCGGCCCUCGCCCUGCUGCAGAUGCCCACUGAGAGUCCUCAAGGCGAAGUGUCUGCGGUCAAGCUGGCCAACGUGGUGGCGGCGUGGCUGAUGGAGACAGUGAGCACCUCGACCGGCUUUCAGGACAUGGAUCAUCCAGUGAAGGACCAUGGCCCGGCAGACCGGAGGCACUUGACCUUUCAAAGCCUGGUGUGGCCACUGUGCCAGCAGGUGUGCCAAGCCGGGCUGCCUUCGCGUGCAUUAUGCUUCUUCUACCUUUGCGCCCGAAGGCUUUCAAGCUCCAGAACCCAGGUGCUUCGUGAUGACUUUUGGCGCGAGGUCUUUCAAGUCUUUGUUCUGAAGCACUCGGCUCUAGCACCCUCGUCACUCCCAAGCAGCUGGCACGUUUUGCAGCCAUUCUCCGGAGAAGACGAGAAAGAAGCGCGCCACUUCCCAGCGCUGUUGGUGGCCGCCUGGAUGCACGCUGCGCCGUUUGGCGCGGAGAGUGCCUCCUACGAGUGCCUUUGGCUUUUGGUGACUCUUUGCGCGCAAGAGUUGCAGCAACCUGAGGGUCUCCAUGCCCCAUGUGCCUGGAUCCUGGUCGAAGCCGCAGCGUACCGCAACGCCCGGACGCUGCAGCGUUCUGAUGCGCCACUGCUGCAGCUGCGCGCGGAGCUCCAAGAGCUGCUGAAUGAGCAGAAGGGCCAGAGAUGCCCCAUCUUGGAGCACCUCUCGGCAGCUUUGCCUUUGCUUUGACCGGAGCUCCAAAACAAAGCACUUCGUUGUGUACGUGUGCAACGGCUCGUCACGAGAUGUCAUGAGCUGUGUCCAAGUAUUUUGGAAGGGCG